AUGCCUGGCGGAAAUACAGCUCAUUCACACUUUAAAAUACCAAUCGUUGCAAAUGAGUCCAGUGACUGCAAUAUAUCGAAGCAAAGUGGUGUGGCUAAUCUAUUGUAUACAACAAAAUUAAUUAUAUGGGAUGAAGCUCCAAUGGCAAAAAGAUGGGCUAUUGAGAAUGUGGAUAAGUUAUUUAAGGACAUAAUGGGAAACGAUGAGCAUUUUGGGGGUAAAGUAGUGGUCUUUCGUGGUGAUUUUAGGCAAGUACUACCCGUGGUUUCAAGGGGUACAAUUCAUCAAACUAUUUAUGCCAUCUUGGUGAAAUCAGCGCUAUGGCAUAACAUGAUAAAAUUUUCUUUGUCGAAGAGUAUGAGUGCACAAAAAGAUCAUGAAUUCGGUUAUUUCUUACUUCGAGUUGGAAAUGGAGAGGAAACCUCUGAUAUUGAAGGCAACAUUAGAAUUCUUGAAGAGAUGAUUGUCAAGUAUGACAAUGAAGAGGAUUCCAUGGCACGGCUUAUUGAUUCAACUUUCCCGAGCUUGAGUAGUAAUGUUGAAUCCUCUACUUACAAGACAACUCGAGCAAUACUAGCAUCUAAAAAUGAGGAAGUUGAUAAAUUGAAUGAAAAGUUAAUUUCUAUGUUUCCUGGAGAAGCAAGAACAUUUCAGAGUUUUGAUGAAGCCAUCGAUGUUAUAAAUAAUAAAUAUGAAGAGGAUUUUCUCAAUUCUUUGACUUCAAAUGGCUUGCCCCUGCAUAAGUUAGUCUUGAAGAGAAACUGUCCAAUAAUCCUCCUAAGGAAUUUGGACGCAUCAAAUGGAUUGUGA